UUGACAGUGGAAGAAUUUAAUUUUAAGAUUUCCAGCGGAAUAAAAACUUUACCUAUUCAUCUACUUUCUCUAGUUGGGUUCAUGUUAUCAAAAAAGCACCAAUCAUAAAUUGGUCUAAAGAUUUAACGAGCUUAAUGGGCAUCUAUUGUUUUCUUUGAAAUUCGAAAGUUAAGCCAAGAACCCUGAGUGGCAAAAAGCGGUCGGCGCUUUUUGCGCCAGUCCUCCAUACGAGCGCGCGCUAGCCCAUAGCGAGCGUUUAACGUUACGUUUUCGAGUGUACAAAGCCGAUUUCGCAAACGUACCGUUAUUUUUUCCUCGGGUUUCCAUUGUUUCCGAUUCAAUUUCCAUUCACUUCCCUGGGAGAAAACCCCAACUUUUUCCCGACAAAAGUGGGGAAUUAAAAGGAAAGCGGAUUAAUUUUUGAACAAAUUUAAAGUUGUAUUUUAACUCAUACCAUAGCCGAGCGUAUAUAUUUUGGUCCCACAGGCCGGAUGACCAGGUUCAAAUCCUGAUCGGAAACAAAAAGAAAUUAUCGAAUUUUUUCGUGUGAUAUAUAAAGUAAAAGAGUUAAGGUCGAGGUUUUUGUUAACAAAGUCAGUGUUUUCUUUUAUGUUUAUAUGCGUUCAGUACUUUUUUCCAAUCUUCAAUUGGGUAUGUUUUGAUUUUUAUAACUGAUGGGACUCCUAAGAGCCCCUGCUUCUAGUUAUAUCAUAUCAUAUUGUAUCUUAGUGUACGAGCGUGAAGUUAGAACAGCCUUGCCUCGUAGGAAGAAACUGCCCAACGAAUCACUCUUCUUCGUCAGACGAUUCAUGGAGAACAAUUCUCAAAACAUGGAAGUUCUCGAGACAUAUUUCGACAUUGCACCUGAUGGCUCGAUCGACAAGCGGCGCAGAGAUUUACUGGACACAUUGAUAUAUGACGUAAUCGAGCGGAACUUCCCGUCAAAAAAUGUGACCAAGUUCAACGUCAAAUGGAAUUCGAGAGUCGGAGUGGACCCUGAAUUCAUCCAAGAACAGGCUUACUACUUGCAGGACCUAAAUGGGAAGUUCAUUGAUAACAUUAAACGUGUCAUUGACGAGAAACUUGAAGCAGCUCCGAAACUCCAGUGCCCAGAACUGGAAGAGGAAAAAUUAACACAUCUUUACUACGCUAAACGACUCACAGAUUAUCACUGUUCAGCUGCGACACUAUUUCGGAAAAUAAUCACAUUCCUCGAAAUCCCAGAUCCGAAGAAUAUCUACAUUAUAGCAGGAAAGCCCAGGACUGGGUUGUCAACGUUCGCAGCGGCAUUGGCCUCAGAAGCCAGAGAUUACCUGGCCGCUGGAAUGGUGAUGUCCCUCAGGCUAGCUCAAGCCACUUCAAAAAGUGUAAAUGCGCCAUCUUUGAUGCUGGGAAUCCUGAAAGAGAUUUGCCUAGGCUAUAAUAAGCUGGAUGCUGAGUUGCAGCAAGAAAUAGACUCUUGUGAAACGUUAACUAAGUCUUUGUAUCUGCUUGAGAAAUGUUUCAAAACGUUGCCAAUUGACGUAGACCAUCCAUUGUUGAUAAUUAUAGAUGGCCUCAACCAUCUAAGCAGUGAGAAAAACGCGAAUGCCUUACAUUGGUUACCACAUAAGUUACCCGCCCAUGUCAAUUUUAUAGUUACUUGUGCAGUGGGAGAUUUGAGCAAACUGUUGAUUAGUAAAUACGGAGCCUCUGAUAACAAUAAUGUGUUCAGUUUUACUGGUCCUUCAGUUGAAGACAUAGGGGACUCGAUUCAUUUCCAACUGACUGAAAAUCACAACCGAACUCUAUCUGAAAUUCAAAUGGAAGUAGUGUCUAAAGCAUUGGUCAUGAAUCAAGAUUUGCACCAAAUGAAUUUUGUAGUGCAUCAAACUAAAUCAUGGACGCAUGCGCAUGAUACACGAGAGUUCGAAGAGUUACUGCAACGGUUCAAGAUUGAAGUUAAGUACUUCGUAGAUGACUUGCUCAAUAUGAAGCCAACUCUGCUCGCGAGAAAAGUUCUUCAAUACCUUUUCUUGUUCAAAGACUUCGGUAUCUCUGAAAUUGAAUUGCGAACAAUCUUGUCGUAUGACCAGGAACUGUUAAAACUGAUGUACAAAAAAGCUCCUAAAAGUCACUGCUCGGUAGUGCCUGUUCGCGAUUCGAUAGUGAGUCAAUUUUUCUACGUGAUCAGAAGGGUUCUGUGCAUUGAGACGACAUAUGGAAUUGUUACCUGCCGACUACCCGUGGGCCCUCUGAGAGACGAGUUGGAGAACCGGUUCAAGUCAAAAAGUAACAAGGAGGCAGACGAAUUGUUCACUAGUGCAGUAAAGUAUCUCACGUCUCAAGAAGUACCGCAAGAGCCGAUUACAACCUUGGAGUAUCCUGCCAAUAGUCAGAAGGAGCUGGUAGCGUAUUGUUCCGAUUUUGCAUCCGGCGGAAACUCGCCAGUCAGGUUGCUAUCGAUUCUACCGAUGUUGCUUCUCUCUGCGAAACAGUACGAUGAGGCUAAAUCUAAGUGCCUGUUCAAUUACGACUUCAUCAUUUCCAAAAUUGCGAAUUUCUCAAUUAGCGAUCUCCUUCAAGAUUACUCGUUAGCGCUCUCAAGUGGAAUCGUAUUUGCAUCUGUGGUUUUAGACUUCCUCUACUUUUUGAGGAGUAAAAGUAUGGCCAAAAUGCGGGAUGUUCCUCUGAUUAUGAUUUCAAAAAUGCUGGCAUUUGAGCAAGUGGCUCCGGAAACUUUUCAGCCCUUGUUAGAUGGUGCGAGGAGCUACAUCAACUCAACGCCUGGAGUUUGGCUGAUCCCCAAACUUCAAUGCCACGUGCCGUGUGCGAGCUACUUGCGAAAUACUUUCUCACUAGUCGAAGGAACGUUCUGGGAGACGACUCAUACCGGUGGCUCAACAUUGAUGUGCAGAACGGGGAAAGGAAUUCAAGAGUUUGACGUUGACACACAGGAGAAACUGUGGUCGAUCAAUGUGGAAACCUCCAGAUUCCUUCUGUCUGCGGAUAAGAAGUAUCUUGUAGUUGUAACUGUUGCGAAACCGGUGAAUACGAACAAUCAGCAAGGAAAAGUGAAGGAAAGUCGCUCGCUGAUAGUUUAUGACGCAAAGUCUCUGAACCAAAUAGCGUGUAGAACCAUGUUUAACAAUUACAAAUGCAUAGCUCUGGCUAAAGAUUCGAAGCAUAUAUUUGUUGGCGUUCCAAGACAGCACCAACGGGAGAACUCUAAAGUGUACAUGUUAAAAAUCGACACAUUGCAAAACGCGAAAGUAAUAGAGUCGAUCUUAACGAUAACGGCAGUUGAAGAUAUUCCUCAGCAGAAGAGCAUUCUAAUAGGAGGUGACCAUAAUGAUGAGUGUGUAGUGAAAAUGAAGAUUGACAAAGAUGUGAAAAACUUCAUCCGGGGCCUGAAAGGACCGAUCAUACACCUCCACGCAACGGAGUCGGGAACGAUGGCAAUCGUUGGACUUGGAAUGAACGCGCUUGCAUUGAUUGACUUGAAAAAGUCGAGAAUCAUCACGCAGCAAUUAUUUGACAGUACAAGAUGGAUGACGGUCAUGAGACCAAAUAAGCAUGAUAAAUUUGUGGUAUGUGGCGACGUUAACCCAGGCGUGAUUGUUUUUGACUGCGUGAAAGGUGAACGGGUGAAUAGAUUGUGCCCGAAUAAUCGGGAUACUAACAUAGUCGACGCAACUUUGAGCGACAACGGACAAUAUUGCGUCGUGGCAGACAACUUCGAUAACUCAGUGUCUGUCUGGCAUUGUCACAACGGUUUCUGUAUCAAAACCCUGCGGGGUCUCAAAGUCAAUAUAUCGAGCAUCUGCAUGAUUGGAAAAAGCACUCACAUUGUUGCAGCGAGUAUUUCUGGCGAAGUAUGUGUGUGGAAUGUAUCUAGUUUAUUCAAAGGCUUGGAAACGUCUAAAAAAGGAUCAUCCGAGACACAGACUCUCUCUGUUGAUGAAAAACGAGUGCUGUUAGAACAAAACUUGACACUCAAUAUUGGUAAAAACGUGAACAAUGUUUUAAAUAUAGUCACAACUGAGAUAGAAGACCAGACUGCGUUCAGUUAUGUCAGAUCCCAAAUAGAAGAGUGGUGUGUUGUGCUAGUCAAUCAGAAGGAGACUCUGGUCUCGGCUUCUAAACAGCAUGGUUUCCAACUGUGGGACAUUUUUACAGGUUUACCUUCGGGUUCCUUCCCUAUAGAGGAGAAAACUGCCUCACUUACCCCUGUAUUUAUGUUUGCCUUACCCACUCAGCCUAAUAUUGACCCUAAAAUUUGUGGAAUAUACAAUGAAAAGUUGUAUAUUUGGGACGUAUUAACUCGCAAAUUGUUCAAUAACACGCGGUUGCAAUGCAAAUUCGGGGUCAUUUCCAAAGACAAAAAGUUCUUUGUCUCUUACUUCCAGCAAAGUAUCUCGAACAGUGCAAAAGUAACUCUGUGGGCUUUGUCGUCAGACAAACUUGACAAAAUUUCUCUCUACGAAGUUCCAAAUGUUGACUUUGCGGAUGUCAAACGAAUCAUUUCGAGUCACGACGGCCAGAGUAUUGUUCUUCUGGCAUCGAAUAACUGGGAUUCGAGUUUAUUUGUUCAGGUGUACGAAAACAAAACAGGCAAGAAUUUGAUCAAGUCGAAAUACUUGAACAGCACAAUUGAUGCAUGUUUUGUGAUGGCCAAGAUUUUGGUGUGUUCACAUUUACUGAAAGAGUCUUGCGUGGCGUAUGAAGUGUUCUCAAUCGAUAGCGGAAAAGUUCUAAAUGAAGGAAAAAUGUGUGAUGCGAUGGAUCAUUUGAAAUGCAAGUAUGUGUCGAAAGGCGAAAUAAAUUUACUGUUGGGGUUCGAAGACGGACUUGUGAUGAAAUACGAAACAGCUGCUUUCAAAAAUGCAACCGAAGCAGUGCCGCUCAUGAAAAUUCAGGCGCAUCAGGGUAAAGUAUGCACCAUUGGGUUAAACUUCUCAGAGACGCUUCUGGCCACUGGCUCUACAGAUGGGUGGAUAAACGUAUGGAACUUCUACGACGGAUCUCAAGUGAGCAGUUUCAACUGCAUGAUUGACGUGUUUAGUGUGCAGUAUGCGCUAAAUGACAGUGCAAUAAUCGCUUUCUUAGACAGUGCAGUCUGUAGGCGAAUGGCUCUGUUGACAGUUUUGCAAGUGGAAGAUCAAAAUGCGAUGAGAGAAUCGAGGAAUUCAAACGCUAGAGAAGAUACGCCCACAAUAGCGAUAGAGGCAGCGAGCGAUCUUCUGUAAACGAAUAGUAGAUAGAAAUCAACACAUCCAAAUUUACUGUUCUACUAGAUGUCAAGCGUGCUAGUGAUGUUAUUGGCAGGGGAUAGUUAAAUGAACUGUCUCAAGGUGCGAUGCAAUACAGUUCACGUUCAUUUGAAGAUUCAUUUCAGAAACUUAACGAAGAUCUCUUUCAGAUGACUGGAUCGGAAAAUCUAUAUGCUCAUAAUGAUCAGAAUAGCAAAUCAAAACUAGUCUAUCAAAUGUAACUUAUCAAAUUAUGUAAAUAUCAAAUGCAAAUAUCAAAUCAUGUAAAUAGUAAAUGCAAGUAGCUGUAAAUAUUUAGCGAUCUAAGUGUUCAUUGAACUAGAACUGUACAUCGAAAAAUUGUAAAU